CCCCACCACCAAAUCCACCAAAAGCAAGAUCAGUGAUUUGGUGUAUGUUGUGAAAAAGAAAAGGAUGUUUGCGAGGACAAAGUGAUUAGUGGAGGUGGUGAGGGCGGGACCCAAAAGAGUGUUGUGGAUGCAAAAUAUCAUUUCCCGUGAGUUCCAAAUCAAAAUCCCGCAGAGCAAAGAGCACCCCGUGAUCUGCUACUCCUCACCACACAGUUUCACAACUCAUCUGGUGUAUCUGUGAUGACUCAAUCGAUGUCGCACAAGCCUCUGGACUCGCGUCACUCCAUAGACUCCUGCAUGUUGCAGCUCCGCAGCUGGAAACCCUUCAAGCUCCAAGAUGGGCCCCACCCCAAACCCUACUACUACAAGCGCCCCUGCCUCUCCGAUCGCGCAACCACGUCGUUUUCCCUCGACAUCACCAAACUCACCCUAGCCGACGCCGAUGACAACACCGCCGCAAACAACCCCAACCAUCGCCCCACCAAUUACCGACUUGUCGCCCGCAAGAGGCGCCGCCGCGGCUCUAGAUCCGUGUCCGGCCGCAGCAGCGACCGAAGUGGCACGCGGCGCUGCUGCUCAGUCGGGGCAUCCGCCGCUUACGGCACCUGCUCCGACUUCCCGGUGGCCAUGGGCACCGACUCCAGCGGUGAGCUCUUCGGCAACGGCGAUUCGAAUUGGUCUUCGGAUGUUAGCGAGGCGAAGAAUUCGAGGAGGGAGAGAGAGAGGGAUGGCGAGAGGGAGAACGUAGGUGUGGGGUUUGGGGUGAGUGGGUGUACUGACGCGAAUGGGAAUGAAUCGGGGUAUGGGAGUGAACCGGGUUAUCGUGGGGAUGCUGAGUUUGGAUAUGGCGAUGAGUUUGAUGAAGAAGAAGAUGAUCCCAGGUUGUUGUUUUGGGGCGAUCAAUUUGGAGAGACUGACUUUACCUUCAUUGCACCGGCUGUAGAUUCUAAAAGGGAGAUGGUUGGGGAGAACACCUUGCUAGAUCAAAAAUCUCAUCAUAGAUGCCGUCGCAGGAAGCAUGACUGUAGAAUGGUUGAUGCAUUAAGGGUGACCUAUUUGCCAAGUCAAUAUCGGAAAGGAUUUUGGCAAAUAUGAAAAUAUGUUGAUGAUGUAUUGAUGAGGUAUCAAUCAGCUUCUGUAGAUUUUGAUCGAAAUAUGAAGUGAUGUACUUUAGGUUAUGAUUUGUGAAGAGGAAAGUAUGUACAAGGAUUGAGCUAUGGUUAUUUGUUUGGGAUAGGAACGAGUUUUUAAUCUGAAUCAUACAAAUUUCAUAGAACACAGUUGAAAAAAUUUCUUGAACCUGUCUAGCAUGUUGGCUUUCGUCUGAAAAAUGUAAAUGAACUAAUAACCUGCUAUUGAUAUUUUUGAGUUUUGAUGGCAAA